AUGAGCGACAUCCUGCCAAGUUGUCUACUCACUAGCUUCGCAUCCCCGGCCAUGUGGAACUAUCUGAAAUUCUUAGAUAGCUUCUACCUGAUCUUCUGCGGUUCGGGCGCCCAAAUUCUGGUGGCGUCGCCGACAGCAAAGCUUUUGCCUGCGCAGAUUGCAAACUCUCCUGCGACCCGGCCAUUUGCUGCUACCCCCUUCAGCCUCAUCAGCAACACAACGACCAUUACUGAUGCGCGCCGCCAUCGUCGAUCGCCCACUUGCAUCUUCAAGUGA